AUGGGAGAACGUGAAAUUAAAAAUCAAACAGUAUUCCUCAUUGAUCUUGAAACUCUAAAUCUAACAAAUGCUGCGGAAAGAAAACAAGUUCACCAAUCAAUUAUUUUGUCCACCUUUCGAAUUUUGUAUUUUUUUCAAUGUCAGUCUCAUAAAUUCAACACCGAGGAUACUGGCAAGAAAGGAGACACCCUGAAAUGGAGUUUCAAGUUUUUUCACUCAUCAACUUACAAAGCUGUUCGAAAUCAAUCCACUUUACGAGAAUUUAGAUUGAAACAUUUCAGUGAAUUUGAAAAUGAAUGUGAGAAGAUCCUAUCAAAACAACAGAUGAAAAGCCAAUCUCCUAAAGAAAAUCCCCAAAGUAAAACUUCUAAGACUUCAAGUCCAGCUGAUAAUUUGUCAAAGGCCCUGAAAGAGGUUAUUUAUGACUUCCAAUGGGAAAGUCCAGAAUUUUUUUCACCAAUGAAAGGACGUAAAAAUCAUCUGAAAAAAGCAGUACCCACUUCAUCCAAUUCAGUGUUCGUGUUUUCAAAGAUACCAAAGGAUGCUCAAGACUUACGUAGCUUUUGUGGAAAGAAAGUGAUAGAUGAUGAAGUUUUUAUGGAUUCAUUUAUGUCCUCAUCAUUAUUUGAUAUGUUUCACAUUUUAUCUAAAUUAUCAUUGUUUUGGAUUGAUACAGAACUUCAUCAAACAUUUAAAGAUAAGAAUGCUCAGGAAAUAGUUAGUAAAAGUUUAAAGAAAGUUGGCGGUUGUUUUAUUUCUCUGAACAGUUUAGUUAAAAUUCCGCUUAGCAAUUUCAAAUCAUGUGUUCAUAAACCGUUGUCAGAUAUCAGUACAGAAAAACAUUCCCUGCAGCCAGAGGAACAGAAAAAUGAUAGAAAUUUUGGCUGCAUAUUUAAUGACUUUAUUAAUAAUUUACCUAUUGAAACAGUGUUACAUCACAAAAUAGAUACAAAUACAGACAAUGACUGUGAAGUAGAGGCAUGUUUUAAUCUUGUUGAUGGUUGUAUAGCUCAUACCAAUCCUGAUUAUCAACAUUUACCAAUAGCUCAGUCUUACCUAUGUCAUAAUGUAAAGGAUUAUUCUGCUGCUGGUACCCUACCUAAUAUAUUACCUGAUAUGUUAUCAGAUUUAAUGAAAGAAGAUAAAAAGAUGGUUGUAUUAAGUACUGGAGUUUUGCCAUAUUUGGGUAUUUUACACCCAGUUACUGAAAAUGGUUGUAUGUUAUUAUUGUACCACAUUGGAUCUACUUUACAGAUAGAGAAAGCUAUGUUAAAACAGGAAUAUAAAGAUAUUGAAGAAAAUGAUAGUAAGACUGAUCCUAUACCUUGUAAAUUAUCAUCAAAUCAACUUUCUGGACUUGGUCAACAGUUUCAUCUUCACUCGAGACAAUCCAACCAUAAACAAAAAGGAAUUGGUAAAAGAAAAGUGAAGAAAUAUAAACCACAAGUAUUAGAUAAAUGGCAUUUACCAGGAACAUCACAUGGUAUGGAAUCUAUUGUUAUGAAACUAAAUGAAAGAUUAAAUGAUUUGGAAUUCUUGGAUUCAAAGGAGAAGAAUACUUUAAAGAAGUUACAAAAGUUUUACAGGAAACAAAAUCAACCACCAAAAUUAGAGGAUCUAAAUCCUACAGCUCAGUUUCAACAUAUAGAUGAGAAUGCUUUGUCAGCAGAAGAUAUAAAAUUGAACAAUACAACAACAGAAGCAGGUUAUUCAUUACGUCGUCAGUCAUCAUCUCUAUCACGAACAGAUAUCAUCAUGAAUCGUAGUAAACAUGUACAGAAACGACAGAGUAGUGAGAUAGCUGGGACUGGUGUUAAGACUAGUGAAGAUAUUAAAUGUACUAUUGAUUUGAGUAAUAUAGAUCUACAAACAGAUGAAGAUGUUUGUAAUUAUAUAAAAGACCUGUACCAGAACUGUUUAGAUACUAUAAAUAGUAACAAUCUAGAAACCACAAUACGAACAUUAGUUACAGUUGUAUUACAUUAUAUGAAAACUAAUAACAGAUCUGAACCUGAGGAAAGCUGUAAAAGUUUAAUUAAUAAAACUAUAAAACAAUCUAAUAGUCAAUUACGAGAAAAAUAUCAAACCAGAACUACAGACCAAGAUAAAAAAGACAAAAUGUCAGAUUAUAAAUUACAGAUAUUGUUAUUAUUAGAAUUAGAAUCUGUUAUAAUGUCUGAAGAUGAGGAAUAUAUAGAACAAUGUGCUGAAGAGGCUGUAAAUAUGUUGAGAACAGUAUCAUUUAUAUAUGAUCAGUCAGUAGUACCUACAUUUCUUAAUGAAGUUAUAGUAACAAAUUAUUCAGCUACACUACCCAAGCUAUUGAUAUCAAUAUUUGAUGAGUUAAUGCAACCAUUACCACCGGAGUUAGCAGGUUUUGCUUCACCUAAUACUAGUGCAGAUACACCUUUAAAUCACUCAGUCAAUAGUCAUCAUGAUAACUCAGUGUUUCAAGAACCAUCUUCUAAUACAUCUAAUCAUUCUGAUAUACUCUUAACUCAACCAUCUAGAAGAAGUAGAAGAGUUGUUCAUCAUCCAAGUUUAUCAAAUAUUGGUAGUAAAAAACAGAUUAUGGUAGCACUAGAUAACAAACCUAAAGUACCAAAGGAGAAGAAAGAAAAGAGAAGAACAGUAGUGAGUAAACCAAGUAAAUCAAAACCUAAACAAGGAGAAGCUGUAAAGGUGAGAAGAAAUUUAUUUGAAGGUGAAAAACCUAAGAUAGAUCGUCGCCAGUCUGUAGCUAUAAUGGAAUCAGUUCGUAGAUCUCCUAGAAAACACAAAAUAUCAUCAACAAUUAAGAACUCUUUCGGUUCUCGUUCACCACACAAGAGAUUAGUUUCUGAAACACCAUCACAUAAACAGAAAAGUAACGUAGUUUGGAGACAACAAGAAAGGAAAAGAAGAAGAACAAAUUCUAAAGAUGAUAUAAAUGUUGUUGAAGAAUCUCCAAUAAAAGCUUGUGAAGAUCAAGGAGAAUCAGUAACAGAAGUAAAAGCAAGCCCUGGAAGAUUUAGAAAGAAGGCUACUGUUACCAGAAGAUCAUUUUAUUCAGCUUCCUCCACCAGGACAAGACCUCGUAAUUUAUCUGCUUAUUAUAACUUAGGAGAUAGAAUAGCUGGUAGAAAUCGUGGACUCUCACAAACUGAAGAUAAAUUAAGCCUGUCGUUGAAUCAACUAGCCAAAACAUCACCAUGUAAAAAAUUCAUGUCACCUACCCGCAGAUCUCGAGAUCUCCUAAUGUCUCAAUUGAUGAGUCCAUCACCAAAUAAAAAUAUUACCUCAAGACUAGCUCAAUCACCAAGCCAAAGAACAAGAUCUAAAACACCAAGUAGGAUUCUGUUUGAGAGUCCAAGACGAAGAGUCCAUUCACCAUCAAAGUUAUUGGGAGUAUCUAUUCCUGAAAGUCCUCAUGGAAAAACACCUAAGAAGCAGACGUACCACCCCUUACGAUCAACAACUACACCAAAAUCUAAAAGUUUAGUUUGUGAAACACCAGAGAAAACAACACCUACUAAAGUGUUCAAUACGCCUUUAAAACAUACUCCAAAACGAUCAUCUGAACUAAACAACAAAGAAAACCGUGACAUCAACCACGAAAACAUUCAUCACACACCCAUAUCAUCCAGAAAGAUUCCAUCAACACCUGAUGGGUCAAGAGAAACUUCCGAUGCUAAAGCCAUAGAUCAUACUCUCAAGUUAAAUUCUACAGUAUUACAUGAGACACCUACAAAAACUCCUAAAAGUAAAAGUGUUAAGAAGGCUUUACUGAAAGACUCUCCUUUUCGUAAUACCCGAUCUCAAGGUCCUAUCACGCCAACUAGGAAUUCAGUAUGUACAGCCCUGUUUACCACCAGUCCUCUUAAAACAUACGUUCCACCUCAGGCUAGGCCUCAAAAAGAAGAAUCAGCUGUAUUUAAAACACCCAGCAAAACAUUCAAAUUAAAAUCACCUCCUUCAACUCACAAACAAAAAUUAUUUAGUCCCUUGAAAAAUGUAUUGGAGAGGAAUUCAAAAGUGGAAAAUAUUUCACCAGAUAAACCAACUUAUAUAAUACGAACACCAUCUCCUCAUGAUAAAAAUAUAAAAACACCAGACUCUUUAGAUAAAUGGCCACGAGUUAAACGCCAUAGAGAAUCACCAGCUAGAAAAGUAAAGAUCAACAAACCAAGUUUAGCUGAUGUUAUAGAUGACAAUAGUGUUUGUGAUCCUAUUUUAGAAUCUAAAAUGAAAAAGAAACGACAUCUAUCAGAUUGUGACAGUUCUGAAACAUAUUUAUUAUCACCAAAACGACAACGUUUGGACAAUGAAACUCACACUCAAACUAAUGAGUUGUCAUCUAAAGGUUACUUUUCAAAUAUUAAUAACAGUGUGUUCUUACCUAUCAAACAACCUGAUGAUAGUGGGGAAAAUAAUGGAGAUUUUGCAAGGAAAGAAUCACCAGUAUUUGGUUCAAGUCCACUGCGUACCAAAAUGGAAUCAGGAACUUUAGGAAUUACAAAUUUGUUACCAAAUAGUAGUCAAGAAUCAACUCUAUCUGAUGUUCCUGUACCAUUUCAAUCAAAACCUGAUUCUCCAGUAUUCAAGGGCAAAUCACCUGUAUCCAAAAUACAACUUGCUUUGGACACAACAAAAGGAAAAAAGUUCUCACCAUCACUGUCAUCUAAAAGUUUAGUCCAGUUGAUGAAUUCACCAUUAUUACAAUCUGGAAAGAGAGAACAUGUGACAUCUCCAAGGAAAAAAGGAUUGAAGUCCAGGAAAUCACUUAAAUUAGGCGACUAGAUAGUGUUUAUUUCUUGCACAACAGAACAUUGCCAACUUGAACAGUCUAAGUAGAUGCUGUAAAAUGUCUGUGAUUGUGUUAUUUAGGACACUUUUAAUCAAAACAGAAUUUCUUUCGAUAUUUUUUAAUCAUUGUUACGGACAAAAAUUUCUCCAAAAAUUCUCAUGCUCUAUCCCCUUCAUUUGGAUUUGAGGUUCCAAAAUAACUUAAUUAUUUAUCCAAAGGUUAGUUAACUAAGUACGGUUUCCAUCAGCAUAAUAUAAAGCCCUAUUUACAAAAUAUCAGAAUUUGAUGUUAACUCAAUAAAGCAAUUUGUAAAAGUAGAUCCAUGAUUAAGAAAAAGUAGUGUACUGGUGUCGAAAAACCUAUAUUUAUUUUUAUCAAAAAGUGCUUUAUUUAUUGUAAUUAAUAUUUAUCAUUGAAUUCAUUGUAGAAAUAAUGUCAAAAAUAAUAACCUUAUAAAUCAAAUUUUAAAAUAAAGUAAUCAUCAUCUUC